AUGGCGAUCUACAAUGGUCCUGCUCGAGGAGGAACUCGAGGAGGAAAGGACCAAUUUGACUGGUCCGAGAUCAAGGAGAAACAUGGAGACACCGUCUUUCAAGCUCAAAACUAUCUAGGUCACUCUGUGAAGGCAGCAGCGGGAAGAUGGCAAAAGUUCAAGGAUCUUAACUGGUACGUCAAUGAAACG